GCAUGCUGGCUUUCUGCCUAUGCAGUUCCGGGCGUUGGAAGCGUCAAGAACGUCGUUCGAAUUUCGUCGCGCCGUUUUGUGCGUCACGGGUGGCGGGAGCGGGAAGAAUUUCGGAUUUUCGUUCCUCGGUUCUGGUGAGGAGUGUGCUGUCUGUCGCGCAGUUUCAAUCCCCUCGCCAAGCAUCCCCUAGGAGUCCAACCCUCACAUUCGACCGUCGGCUCUGUUCCUUCAGCGCCUCAGAGCUGCACUUUGGUCUCGAACCCCUCAGCACUUCAGCCACUGGCGGCGAUGCAUGUGAUUAAGCGAGAUGGCCGCCAAGAGCGAGUUAUGUUUGAUAAAAUUACAUCACGAAUCCAGAAACUCUGUUAUGGACUCAAUAUGGACUUUGUUGAUCCUGCUCAAAUCACCAUGAAAGUAAUCCAAGGCCUGUAUAGUGGGGUCACCACAGUGGAACUGGAUACUCUGGCUGCUGAGACAGCUGCAACCUUGACUACGAAGCACCCUGACUAUGCCAUCUUAGCAGCCAGGAUUGCUGUGUCUAACUUGCACAAAGAAACAAAGAAAGUGUUCAGUGAUGUGAUGGAAGAUCUUCACAACUACAUAAAUCCACAUAAUGGCAGACAUUCUCCCAUGGUGGCCAGUUCAACACUGGAUAUUGUUAUGGCCAAUAAAGAUCGCCUGAAUUCUGCCAUUAUCUACGACCGAGAUUUCUCUUAUAAUUACUUUGGCUUUAAGACACUGGAGCGGUCCUAUUUGUUGAAGAUCAAUGGAAAAGUGGCUGAAAGACCACAGCAUAUGUUGAUGAGGGUGUCUGUGGGGAUUCACAAAGAAGAUAUCGAUGCUGCAAUUGAAACAUACAACCUGCUUUCUGAGAAGUGGUUUACUCAUGCCUCUCCUACUCUGUUCAAUGCUGGGACCAACCGCCCACAACUGUCCAGCUGUUUCCUUUUGAGUAUGAAAGAUGACAGCAUUGAAGGAAUUUAUGAUACUCUGAAGCAGUGUGCCUUGAUUUCUAAGUCUGCUGGGGGAAUUGGUGUUGCUGUAAGUUGUAUUCGGGCUACUGGCAGCUACAUUGCUGGGACUAAUGGCAAUUCAAAUGGCCUUGUACCAAUGCUGAGAGUAUAUAAUAACACUGCUCGAUAUGUGGAUCAAGGUGGAAACAAGCGCCCUGGGGCAUUUGCUAUUUACCUGGAGCCUUGGCACUUAGACAUCUUUGAGUUCCUUGACUUGAAGAAAAACACAGGAAAGGAAGAACAGCGAGCCCGGGAUCUCUUCUUUGCACUUUGGAUUCCAGAUCUCUUCAUGAAGCGAGUGGAAACUAACCAGGACUGGUCAUUGAUGUGUCCAAAUGAGUGUCCUGGUCUGGAUGAGGUUUGGGGAGAGGAAUUUGAGAAGUUAUACGAAAGUUAUGAGAAGCAGGGUCGUGUCCGCAAAGUCGUGAAAGCUCAACAGCUUUGGUAUGCCAUCAUCGAGUCUCAGACAGAGACGGGCACCCCAUACAUGCUCUACAAAGAUUCCUGUAAUCGGAAGAGCAACCAGCAGAACUUGGGAACUAUCAAAUGCAGCAACCUGUGUACAGAAAUAGUAGAGUAUACUAGCAAAGAUGAGGUUGCAGUUUGUAACUUGGCUUCUCUGGCUCUGAAUAUGUAUGUCACACCAGAACAUACGUAUGACUUUCAGAAACUGGCUGAAGUCACUAAAGUCAUUGUCCGAAAUUUGAAUAAGAUAAUUGAUAUAAACUACUACCCCAUUCCAGAGGCACACUUAUCAAAUAAACGCCAUCGGCCCAUUGGAAUUGGGGUACAAGGUCUAGCAGAUGCUUUCAUCCUGAUGAGAUAUCCAUUUGAGAGCCCAGAAGCCCAGUUAUUGAAUAAGCAAAUCUUUGAAACUAUUUAUUAUGGAGCUUUGGAAGCCAGCUGUGACCUAGCCAAGGAGUAUGGCCCCUAUGAGACAUAUGAGGGCUCCCCGGUCAGCAAAGGAAUUCUUCAGUAUGAUAUGUGGAAUGUUGUUCCUACAGACCUGUGGGACUGGAAGCUUCUCAAGGAGAAGAUUGCAAAGUAUGGUGUAAGAAACAGUUUACUUAUUGCCCCAAUGCCUACUGCUUCAACUGCUCAGAUUCUGGGGAAUAAUGAGUCCAUUGAACCUUAUACCAGUAACAUCUACACUCGCAGAGUCUUGUCAGGAGAAUUCCAGAUUGUGAAUCCUCACUUACUUAAAGAUCUUACUGAGCGAGGUUUGUGGAAUGAAGAGAUGAAGAACCAGAUUAUUGCAUGCAAUGGCUCUAUCCAGAGCAUAUCAGAAAUCCCUGAUGACCUGAAGCAACUCUAUAAGACUGUGUGGGAAAUCUCUCAAAAGACUGUCCUCAAGAUGGCAGCUGAGAGAGGUGCUUUCAUCGAUCAAAGCCAGUCAUUAAACAUCCAUAUUGCUGAGCCUAACUAUGGCAAACUCACUAGUAUGCACUUCUACGGCUGGAAGCAGGGCUUAAAGACUGGGAUGUAUUAUUUAAGGACGAGACCUGCAGCUAAUCCAAUCCAGUUCACGCUGAACAAGGAAAAGCUGAAAGACAGGGAGAAGGCCCUGAAGGAGGAAGAAGAGAAGGAGAGGAACACAGCAGCCAUGGUGUGCUCCUUAGAGAACAGAGAGGAGUGCCUAAUGUGUGGAUCCUGAGCAAAGGCCCAGAAGAGACCGUCUCUCUGCCAUAGCCGACUUCUCGAACAUAGAUAGGCUUAGUGAUUUUACCAAAACAAGACAAAAAACCAAACCCAGCUUUGAUAUUAAGAAUCAAAGUAGAGGCUUUGGGAAUGCAGAAGAACCUUCUUGGAGAUAGAUGGAGACUUAGGAAGUCUCGUCGUCCUCCAGCAUUCCCUGUCUGGCCAUUUCAGUUUGGACAAAGAGACUUAGUUCUGCUUUGACUGAUUUAUUAGAACUAAAAUCAAGAGACCUUUGUCUAGAGAAGGUUGUAUAGGUCAUUUUGAAAUAAAAACAUUUCUAACUGAUUGUGCCAUGCUAAAUUUGUCAUCUGUUAUCAUACAAAGGUCAAUUUUGAUUUCUGUUGAUACAAGGUUCUAUAGGACAUUUUGAAAUAAAAACAUACUGUGCUGUG